CAGGUACAGGGACAGAGAACUGACUCACACAGGGAAUAAAGAUGAUCGCCUGAGAGACAUGGAGACGGCGAAAAACAGCCAUCCCUCCAAGGCACCUAACCAAAAUACAGGAAGUGAUGUCGUUCCCCUGGAGGAUAUGGACUCCAAUAACCAGAGGAAGGAUGCCCGGGCAGAGACGCCAAAGGAGGAAGAGAGAGAUGCUGAAGUGGAGAAUGUCCCAGAUAGCACUGUGCCAGCUGCAGAUGUACUCGAUGGCCAGGUGGCGCCACACAAGCACCGAUCCAACACAGUCGGCCCUCAGAAGAAACAGUGGAUUGUGGAUUUUGGAACAGUAAGCAAGGCCUCAGCUGUCGCUAUAAAAUCCAGAACCCCGCUCAUUCAGGGCCUCUUCGCACAGGGAACAUCUGACAAGACUCCAGUCACGGAGGGUGGGUCUCUGGAGGGGUUGAAACAGGCUCUCGAGACCUACGCAGUACCCGUGGAUCUAACUUGGAAAUGGGCAGAGGAAGGGGAGGCCCACACACUGGAGGAGAGCUGGACCAAGCUAGUGCAUUCUCACUGGAUGAUGUCAAAGACACAACGUCACCAGCAGGAGGCACUGUGGGAGUUCCUCCACACUGAGCUCACUUACAUCAACAAGAUGAUCAUCGUCACUUACCUGGUGAUGGCUGCACUGUCUAACCUGCACCAGCAUGGGUACCUGCUGGAGGUCACCUCAGAAAAACUGUUCUCGAACCUUCCAUCCAUUCUUGAAGCUCAUCAACGUUUUUGGCAGGAUGUGAUGUGCCCCAUGCUGCAGAUGGCUCGAAAGGAAGGGCGUCCAUUUGACCCCCUAAUGUUGGAGCCUGGCUGUUUACAGUUUCCAGAGCGUUUCCCGUCUUAUUUUGAGUACUGUUUGGAAGAGGAGAAGGCAGUGGAUUUCACAAGAAGACAGAUGGAGUCCAACCCCCACUUCAACGCAUUCCUAGCGUGGGUGGAGACGCACCCGCAGUGUUCUCGCAUGCGAUUGGGCGACAUGCAGGCGAAACCUCACCAGAGGAUUACCAAGUACCCUCUGCUUCUCAAAGCCGUCUUGAAGAGCACAGAGGACUCCGAGACCCAGGACUCCCUCAAGAGGAUGCUGUCCAGCGUAAACAACUUUGUGGACAACAUCAACAAUCACCUGGUGCAGAGGGACGAGGAGCUUGCCUUGUUUCAGUGUGCCCAGAGAAUAGAGGGCUACGACGUGAUGAAAGGAAUGAGUGAAGAAAUUGACAAGCAUGUCAGGGAGUUCUGCCAGUUUGAUUUGAUGAGUCCUGUGCGGGGGGUGGGCCCUGAAGUUAUCCGCAAGCUUCUAUUGGAGGACACCAUCAAGAUUAGAGGAAGAAAAGACAGCAAGGUUGAAGCGGUGCUCCUUCUCUUCUCGGAUGUGGUGCUGGUGACCAAAAGCCAGAGGAAAUCAGAGAAACUGAAAGUGGUGCGCCCUCCACUGGCCCUGGACAGAACUCGCUGCUCUGCCCUCAAAGACGGCAACUCCUUUGUCCUGGUUGAAGUGAGCGAUCUGGGCUGUGCUGUGAGCGUGUAUGCAGUCGCCACCUCCAGCCCUGAGAGCUGCUCUGCUUGGGUUUCUGCCAUCAAAAGCGCCCAGGACUCUUUAAGGACGCAGAGAGCAAGUGGAGUGAGUGUGGGACCAGAGGUUGUUCUGAUGGACACAUUCGAGUCCGAUUCCAUGGCAGAGGUGCGGCAGGACCAAUCAGAGUCCAGUGUCAACCCUGCAUUGGAUACUGCUGCUGUCAACCCAAUGGAGAACCAGUCAGAGGGAAGCAUUACACCUCAGCAGCUAACAGAGGAAAUUACAUCAGCAGAAAAUGUAGAUGCAGAGUUACAGGGAAAAAGGUGCAAAUUAAGUGAGUUCCGCAGCCAGUCAAUGUAUGGCAAUCUGGGACAGCAAGUGAGAAGCACUCCAAGGGAAGGUAUGCUGUCACAGCCUGGCUCUCGGAAGAACAGUGAAGGCAAGCUGUGGGAGUCGACCGAGAUUUUUGUGCCUGGUAUUCAUGAGAGGAGAGUCACCUGGAGUCAGUCACAUCAAACAGCGUCAAACAAACUUCAGCACGGCCGCACCCCAUCCUCAAGAGACACGGCUAGUGCAGAUAGGCCAAUCACCUCACACACUUUGCUGUUGAGUGGAUGCACGGAAGAGGCGAUCAUAUCAAGUGAAACAGCACCCAGCACAUUCUCAGUGAUCACUGAAUACGUUAGUGUUGAACCUGUCGGCCAGUCGAUUUACCUCAGAGUCGAGUCAGCUCAGCAAUCAGUCAGAUCCAACAAAUCAAACCAGUCGGAGGGAAACCAAUCGAGGCGGGACUCGUGGUACAGCCUGUCAGGCGAGGACGAGUCUUUGAUUGAGUCUCGGAGGUUUUCGCGCAAACUGAAGUCUCCGCGGCUACGAAGGAGGCGGCAAAUAAACAACCAGACAAAUACCGAGCCUCUGGCAUCGCACCGGGGAUCAGCGGACACUGGUCAAGCUCCGACAGGUCUGCCACGAAACACCACCUCCUUAUCCAACUCUGACUCCGACAGCAGCCACCGUCAGCAUGGCAAACAGGCGGAGGGCUCCCACCGUGUGCUCAAGCUGGGCUCCCUCAAAAAGCUCUGGAUCGUGGACCAGCAGGACAGACUGUCACCAGACCUGAACACCUUCUCAGAGCCCGAGCUGCCCAGGAGAGCGCCCAAAAAAAAAACUCACAAACCCCCACUGAAGACCCAGAGGAGCUCAUCCAUCCCAGAAGCGAUCUUCCAAGGGCCUCUGGUCCGCUCGCCACCAAAGAAGCACUUGAGGCCCCCACCUGCCCCAUCCCCCCCGCCGAGCUACUUCCAGCUCAAGGACUCCCCUCUGGAGAGCCUCCUGGAGCGUGCCAAGGGGCGCGAGAAGGGGCGGGAGGGGGCAAAAAAUGGUGGCAGGAAGGAAGAAAAGCCCGCCACACCUCCAGAUCGUUCACCUUCAUCCACGUUCUCCACAACCUCCUCUUCCUUGCCCAGUGAUGGGGACCGAGAGACGGAGGGGGAGGAGAUGAACCCCAAAAGGCUUCGAGUGGCCGGGCUGUCCCAUGGGUGGCGGGAGGGAAACGUGGACGGGAGUGAUGAUGAGAGGAAGAGCAGCCCUGCGUACCCAGAGGGGGCUAGUGUCGACUGGCCAGGCUGGUGCUUCGACGAUGAAGAAAUCACCCAUUUCUUGUCCCCAAAUGAUGACGAGAGCUGGGGCGAGCUAGAGAAAACACUAACUUCCAUGGACUUCAGCCACAAAGGGCCACCAGAGGAGAGCCAGUGUAGUGAGGUUUAGUGGGUGGGACCCCAUAGGAAGGAGGAAGAGGAAGGACGAAGAAGAGUUUGUUUAAACUUAAACAGCACAUUUGUCGAGCGUUUGUAUAAAAUAUCUUUGAUUUGACUUGUCUAGAAAGGUGUUAUUUCAGAGCAUAAAACAUUUCAGUUACUUUUAGGGUGUAUCUGCAGCUGUCUCAUUUUUUAAAACAUCUUUUAUUAAUGUGUAAAGCUUCCUGUAAUUUCUUUGUUUAUACUAAUAUUGUGUAAAUAUUCUGAGUAUAUAUAUAGUAAAAUAUAUUAUUUUUGUAAUUAUGUAUCGUAAAUAGUGUAUAUCAAUUAAAACACUGUAAAUAUC